AUGUUGGUUGCCUUCAGAUGCGUGUGUGUUUGGUCAGUGGCGAAAAAGAAGCCGGUGUGUAUAGAGCGGAAAGCACAUGGAGUUGGUGAAGAUCAGCAACCGAAUUGGAUCGUGUCGGUGGCGGCGAGGCGAUACACGGAUUUGAUAGCAUCUGGAUCGUGCGAUGGUUUUGUACGAUUUUGGAAGGUGGCAGACGAUUAUAAGAGUAUUUCGAAUAUAUUCUCGUUUGAAUUGGUGAGUUUGUCGAGUGGUUUUGACGAAAUUUUGUUAAGGUUUUGUUGA